AUGAGCUUGAACUUGAAGCAGGAGUCUGCUGCUCACAUGUACUGGACAAGUUACACCACAUGCCAGUUCCUCUUUGGUCCAGUGGAAAUCUUACCUUUCUCAUUAGUGGUUGUGAGGAUUCUGGAGAAUGUUAUGGAAAUGGCUGGCACCUUUUCCAUAAUGCCCUGGCUCCUAGUGGGUCACCACCCACAUUUAGAGAAGCCUGUUCUGCAAGAUUGCCUGGCUGUGCAGCUGGCGCUCCCUGCUGCAUCUUUCUCUCUCCGGCACUGUGGGAUGGGGCUGAGGAUGUUCCCUUGGCCAAGUUGCUUCAAACCUCAUCAACAAAAAGAGUGUGACCCAGAUUACACCUCUUCUGGCUCAGUCAAACAGCUGUAUGGUAGGCAACUGGAGGUGUUCAGCAGUCGUUGCCAGGAUCAUACUGAUGUGGCCACAAUUUCGCCUCUUUCCCUGCCCUUCGAUGUCCAAAGAAACCUGACAGCAAAUUGGCUACAACCAACAAAAAGGAAAAAACAGAACCAAGAAAUUGUGGAUCAGUUGGAAGAAUUAACUCUUUGCUCACAACUUGACUGCUGGGUUUGGGGGGCACCCAGACUGCUGAAUUUUGUAAAGGCCUCAGUUUCAUCUUGCUCACUCCCAGCCUGGGGAAGAAGGCUCACCCCCAGAUUCCACCCCAUCCCCGAAAAGAAAGAAUGCCACCAAAAGCAGGGAGCCCUAAGGGAGCAGUUACAGGUGCACAUUCAGACUGCAGGAAGCCUCGUAUCAGAGAAAGCUCAGUUACAGACAGCCCUGGCUCACAGGCAGCAUGCUUCCAGGCAGAAAGAAGGAGAGUCUGAAGAUCUGGCCAGCAGCCUGCAGUAUUCCUGGCAGCAUGUGGGAGAGUUGGAGUGGGCUCUCUUUGCUUUCACCACACAGCAGAAGAAGGCAGACAGGGUGAUUCCAACCACUUGCCCCGUCCGCUGGCAGCCUGGCUUCUCAGAUGGAGGAGUGAGCCUAAAGGUCCCUUCUGCAGGAUGGAGUGUCCUGCCCAGAAGGCAGCAUGGGCCAUUUCUCGCUGCUUUUCUGUGUGUUUGUUAGAGGCAGCCUAACAAACCCUGCUGUGUUUGAGUCAGCUGCUGUGGGUGAGUUGGGGGUGCUAUGGGGAACAAGCACUGGACACAGAGCUCCCAGGCCAAGUGCUUGCCCUGCCCUUACCUGGCUGUGGCCUUUGCCAAAUCCUAGGUAGGGAAUAUGGUACUUGUACUGUGAAGGUACAGAAGAGUAGUUUAGUAUGUUACCAUUUGUGUAGAGAGAGGGAACGUGUGUGUGUGUACGUACAUACAUACUAUCAUAAUACAGGUAAAACAUGUCUGGAAGGAUUAAUAAAAAACUCGAGGGGAAGGAGAGCAUUAGGAUAAAUAACUAAUGCAUACGGGCAUAAAACCUAGAUGACAGGUUGAUAGGUGCAGCAAACCACCGUGGCACAUGUAUACCUAUAUAAAAAUCUGCACAUUCAGCACAUAUAUCCCAGAACUUUAAGUAAAAUAAAAAAUAAAUAAAUAAAAUAAAACACAAAAAACUCAGGAGAGAGAAACAGAGUGGCUGGGAGAUAUUUCCCUUCUGUACCGUCUGAGUUUUGGACUAUAUGAAUGUAUCAUCCUUUUAAAAAGUGAACAAAAGAUUAACUUUGUCCUUCCUAUCUGUGCCCUCACCCCCAGUGAACAAAUGGGCUUAGAGAAUCAGAUAUACCUGGGUGUUCAAAUCCCAGCUCUGCCUGAGUGAUAUUAGGCAAGCACUUUAGCUCUAAUACUUUAAUACUCCAUGCUUUUCAUCUACACCAUAGAGGUAAUAAUAGUAGCUAUCUCAUGGUGGUUGUGAGGAUUAAAUGGGAUUGUUAACAUGGUGCCUGUUGAAGCACUCAAUAAAGCUUCAAACAGUGGUUGUAGUAAUGGUAAAACAAUAGCAAUAUUAUCUGAUCUCUCUGGGCCUCUGUUAGUCAGCUAUAAAUUUGAUCUCUUUCCCUGUCCCUUCCAUGUUACUAACUUCUUUUGAAAACAAAUGAGUCCAUGUGCUUGGAAAUGCCUUCAAAAAAUGUCAAGUGUGAUUUAGAGUGAGGAAGUGUUACUGUGGAAUAGUUAUUGUAGCUAUUGUUACUGGUCGGCCAGCUGCUCCUCUGCCUGCUGUAUCCUGACUUAAUCUUUGGUCCGUA